AAAUUAAAAAGAAAAAUUUUACACUUAUAUAUAAUAAUUUACUCCAAAAUAUAUUAGGAAAAGUGAAUUCUAAAAUUAUUCAAAACUUUCUUAUGAAUAAUUUUGCUUUUAUAAAAGAUAAUUUUUACUUUAUAAAGUUAGGAGUGCUACCGUGGCUGCAUUCCCGGUUGGAAAUGUUUACAUUUCUAGCAGAAAGCUGGAUGUCCACAGCUGCGGUGACCGGUCAGAGCCGUCAUGAGCGAGCCCCGGGGCCGACUGGAGGCGCCGGCGGAGCGGCCCCGGCCCCGGCUGCCGCCGCUGACCGCUGCGCUCGACUCCAGCGAUGACUCGGGACGGUACGCCAGCCGCGAGUACCGCAGCCGUCAGGCGACGGCGGGCCAAGCUGGAGGCCCAGCGCGCCGACCGGACCGGCGCCGGAGACUCGGCCGAUAGCGCCACACUCAGGUCCCACGGUGCGCCGGAUGACUCGGCUGCCGGCGACACCACCUACCGGCGUGAGACCUCCUUCGACGCCAGCUACCGGCGCGAGCCGUCUGCCGACCCCAGCGGCCACCGACGCGACCUGUCGGGCGACCUCAGCUACCGACGCGACCUCUCCGGCGACCUCAGCUACCGGCGCGAGCUGUCGGGCGACUCGUCCCGUCGCGAGGGGGCGCUGGAGCUGGCCUCCGAGCCGGCUGAGAUGUCAAUCACUGACGAGCUCUCUAGAUUAGGUGAGGAGGUGCGCUCGGGCAGCGAGGCCGGCGGUGACCUGCCGCCCAGCUUACUGCCAGAGCACGUCCCCCAGCCGGCCGUCACCAAACUCUACAUCGAGAAGGGCAGCCGGUUCCACGCGGCCAAACGGCAGACGGCGACACGCUCCGCCGGCGCGGCCUACUCCAAGAAGUCUCAGGCGCGCGCCGUGGACCUGGCGCUGCAAACACAGCGACUGUUUGCGCCGCUCGGCCGUCUGUGUUUCGGCCUGCUGGCGGGUCUGACGCUGGCGCACCUGAUGUUCGUGGCGGCGCUGACCAGGGACGGCGGCCGUCCUCUCGACUUUGUGUCGCACUACUCGCCCCUGGCGCUGCCGUUCCGUGCGGUGUUCUUCACGAUGUCCGUGGUGUGUUGUGUGGCCGCGCUGGACCGGUACGACGUCAGCCGCGCCUCGGCCGCCCGGCUGCGGCGCUCGCUGACGCUGCAGGACGGCGGCGUCACCGUGCUGCUGUACCUGGCCGUGCUGGCCGUCUCCACCUGCCUGGCGCCUACCGACGACCGGCUGCACCUGUACCGCCGGAACGGCACCGCAGGCCUCUGGGAGUCGACCGUGGCCGUGCGCGGCGACUGCCGGCUCAUGGUGGUGCUGUGCGCCGUGCGGGCCGGCCUGGCGCUGCUCGCCUGGCUGGUGGUGGCCGCCAACCCGGCGCUGGACAGGGUGCUGCAGCACCUGCGUCAGCUCAGCGCCGCCGGCAGGGCAGCGGAGCCACCGGCGGAGCGCGGUGCGCAGAGGCCGGCCGGCGUGGCCACCAUCUCGUGAGAACAGCUGUGCGAUGAUUGGAGAGACGGAUAGUCGCAAUCACACUCCCCUUACAGCUGGAACACAGCUUUCAGGCGUGCAAAUCGCGCCUCGCUCCUCCCAUUGGAAUAAAUGGCAUAGUUUUCGCUCUCAACACGCACAGGACAAGCUGUGAAGGGAGACGCGACUUGCACGCAUGAGAGCUGUCAGAUCCAGCUGACUAUGAGCAUUGCUUAUUGCACGAAUCGCUUAUUAUCGGCAGAACAGAAUUGCGGCCAGUAGGGCAUCGACGUGUUGACUGAGCCAUGCUCUCCUGUCUCGCGAGACAUUUUGUGUUGCCAUUGCAUGCGUGACAGCUGCGAUCAUCAGGGGUGAAAGGAAACACGUGAUCUCAAUUCAUCUUUUGACAUUCAUCCAUGUUGCAAGCUUACCAAGUCUUGCCGAUGCUUUGCAGAAGCUUUUUACAAGCGCUUGGAUACGCAUUGCAGUUUGUAUUGCGCUGUGUUCUUCAGUGUAGUGUAGUGGUAAUUUGAACACGUCUCAUCAGGCUGACUAAAUCGGCCUUAGCAAAUUAACAAAAGCAAUCGGUAACAAAUUAACAAUCGAUAGCAAAUUAACAAUUAAUCGGUAUAGGAGCUCAGUAUUACAAUUUCCAAAUGUGCUUGUGCUUGUGUAUUGAGUGCUGUCUGCUUUUGCGCAUCGCUUACUGCAAAAGGAACAAGUGUGACAUUCCCAACAAUUGUUUUUCCUCAUGAUGAAAUACACAAUCCUGUGAAGUUGAAAAA